AUGAACAGGCUCCUAGGGCUUGUGAAGGCUCCGGCUGAGAGCAACUCCGAGCAUGCGCCCACCCUGGCUUUACCGUCCGUUUGGUACAGAUCUCCAGAGAUGUACGAGCUGGAGAGAAGAGCCAUCUUCUCCCGCAAAUGGAUGUUAGUGUCCCAUGAAUUGAGGCUCCCGAAGACAGGAGACUUUGUCCGAAUCACAGAAGCAGGUUUCCAAUUCUUCUUGAUCAAGGACCGUGAAGGCAACAUCAAUGCCUUCCAUAACAUCUGUCGACAUCGCGCAUUUCCAAUCAUUGAGCGGGACUGCGGAACCUCCAGUGUCCUUGCAUGCAAGUACCACGGAUGGUCGUAUAGCUUCAAGGGAGCCCUGGCCAAAGCACCCAAGUAUCAAGACUUGGACGGGUUCAAGAAAGAGUCAAACGGUCUUUUCCGUAUUCACGUACACAUCGACGACCUCGGCUUCAUCUGGGUUAACCUAGACUCAGACCGCACUCCGGCCGUCUCAUGGGAAGACGACUUCGAGGGAGUUGACCGCCAAACAAGACUGCAGGAAUUCAAUUUUGCCGAGUACCACUUUGAUCAUCAGUGGGAGAUGCUAGGAGAAUACAAUUGGAAGACAUUGGCAGACAACUACAACGAGUGUUAUCAUUGCCCCACUGGCCAUCCAGCCUUGAACGGCCUCACGGACCUCAACAAAUACUGGGUUGAGACGAAGGGUGGCCAUAUCCAACAUUUCAACACCGACAAGCCCGGUGUUGUCGGGUUGGGGAUAUACAGUACCUUCUACUACCCCAAUGCGUGCAUGACAGUCUCCCCGCACUUCUUUUACAUGAUGCGAUGCAUCCCAGUCUCGGCCACUCAAACACAGAUGGAGUAUGAAUUCUACAGGCACAGAGAUGCGACAGAUGAGGAAUUCACGUACGUCACGGAGACAUUCAAGACAAUUUUAAGGGAGGAUAAAGACCUCUGUAAUGCCGCCCAGAGGAAUUUGAAUGGGAGCGUCUUCAUCAAUGGAGAGCUUCACCCUACUGCGGAAAAGGCAAGUCUUCAUGCAUACUCUGAGAGCACAUCUCACAUAGACUUGGUGAAGAGUCACUAUGAGAGAGAAGCACAAUUGAAGCGGGAGCUCUGGCCCGCAACGCCGCAGUACAAGUUGACUGAAAAGACUCAGGAGGACAUAGAGCUUUGUGAGAAAAUCACAUGCUCGGCCUCAGAGCAGUUGGCGUGGUAG